CCUGAACAGCCAGGUCCAGUCCACAGCAUCAGAACUCGAACCCUGGACUUCGCAACGACGACCAAACGUGUCUGCAAACAUUGUCGACGUUAGAGAUCGGUUCGCAUUGGAAAUUCGUCGGGGAAAUCCCGCCGUGCGAGAAAAAUCUGGCGACACAUUUUUAACGCGCAGUGAUUUUUAUCGAACGAGUAAUUUUUUUUUCAUCGCACCGUUCCGCGAUAUCGGCGGCAAUGAUCUAUUUUUAUUUAUCGGCUCUUUUGAGCAUCGCGGCCGCACAGGGACCCGACAUCGAAGCUACCCAAUUCACUUAUCCACAACGAGAACAAGAUGGUCGCAAUCUGUGGGAUCGCAUCGACAUUCAUCAGCUGGAUAAACAACUUGCGGCUUGGCACAACGAGCCCGUAUCGGAGGAGAAACGCCCCGUGAUCGAGCCAGAGGCCAGACAGGGGUACGGUGACGUUCCUCGGCCGAUUCCACCCAUCCAGGUUCUACCCACGGCACCACAUCCGCCGCUACCCCAAGGUUGUCUGGCUCCCAGAGGACAAUUUCCGAGCCCCAGAAGCUGCGCGCAUUAUCUUAAUUGCUGGGACGACGUCGUAAUCGAACAGCAAUGUCCCGGUGGGCUAUUGUUCAACGAGUUAACCGGCGUAUGCGACUUUGAAUACAACGUAUAUUGCGCUGGACGACCAGCUCCCCCACCCAAACCUGAAUUGCCGCCAGGAUCAAAAGUAUGUCCCGAACCCAACGGCCGAUACAGGAGUUCAACCAACUGUUCGGAAUUUUACGUCUGUGUUUACCGAAAACCUGUGAAAUACAGCUGCCCCCGAGGACUGGUCUAUAACGAAGAUUUGGGCGUCUGCGAUUAUCCCUUCAGGGUCGAUUGCAGAGGAGCUGCAGUUCCACCCACGAUACCCCCGACUCAUCCAACGCAGCCACCGACGAAACCCCCGACUCGUCCAACGCAGCCACCGACAAAACCCCCGACUUAUCCAACGCAGCCGCCGACUUACCCAACGCAUCCACCGACUCGCCCUACACCACCGCCGACUCGACCUCCUACUCAUCCAACGCAACCUCCUACUCGGCCAACGCUACCACCGACUCGUCCUCCGACUUACCCGACGCCACCCCCGAAUCCUUCGUAUCCUAAUUAUCCACCACAAAUUCCACCACAGCCCCAAUAUCCUCCCCAACAUCCACCCCAACCGCAAUAUCCACCUCAACAGCCGCAGUAUCCUCAGCAACCGCAGCAACCUCAGUAUCCUUAUCCGCCACAACAACCUCACUAUCCAUCUCAUCCGCCCCAGUACCUCCCACAGCAACCUCAAUACCCUCCUCAUCGACCUCAAUACCCUCAGUACCCACAGCCACCUCAACAGCCGCCUUAUAAUGUAGCUCGUACGGAUCCAGAUCCUUGGCAUCAACGACCAGUAGCUUCUGAAAUCGAACUCCAGGAGGAAAAAGAUAAAAUAGCAAAGGAACAACAACAACAAAUUUUGCAACAAUUGAGUCAGCAGGGUGUGGAUAUCGCGCCUUUGAUAUUUCAAGAAGACGCUCCACAAAAACCUCCGCUACUUAAUCCCUGGGGACAAUUGCACGUAAUUCCUGCACAGCUCGAUAAAAUUCCUUGCAAGGACGGAGACAUUCAUAGACUGACGGAUUCCUGUAGCAGCGUCGUCGUAUGCAGGAAAGGUCGUCCUCAACUGGUGCGAUGUAAUUCUCCCGAAACUUACGACAGGGUCUCCGACUCCUGCAGGCCAUUUACACUCGCGAAAUGCUAAUCGAGUACCAAGCUAGAACCUUCGCUUUGUAACGCACGCUUCAAUAAAUCAAAUUUUUUUUACAA